GAGCAGAAAAAACACCAGACUCACAAGUGGAACAGGGGAGAGGCCUCGAAAGAGGACCUUUUGUCUGGACAUGUUCCUCCACGAACCUCUGCUGUCUGCAUCAGACAGCAGAGGUUCCAGGUAUGUGACAAUGGUUUUUGCCUUUAUUGUAGCAUAUUGCCUUACCCUGCUGCUCAUACUCUAUUGUGAAAAAUCAUCAUGAAUUUUUCACGUAAAAAAUAUAUAUUAAAACUAUCUAAACGUGUAAUGCUCUUGAUGUUUUCUUCAGGAUUAGUUUUCCAUGUAGCUGCUGAUUUGGAUUGAUCAUGAGAUUAAAGGACGGGCAAAUGGGUUUCUGUAGAUAGAUGUGAAAAAAAAGUCCCCUUUUUUGUCUGUUAUAUUUUGUACAUUCAAUGUUUGAUUUCCAAAUGGCAACACCAAUGAAGGGAAGUACUGUUUUACCUUUUAUAUGCUUCUAUGUACAUCAUUGAAAUACAUACAGAACAUCUUAUAAUGUUUCACUAUUUCUUCAGUAGAAAAUGUGUUAAAUGUUAAAUAAAAGUAUACACAAACACAAUCAUUCUCAAAAAGCAAUAAAAUUAAAGCACAUACAUAUUGAAUAAGAAUGUCAUGAAGGGGCAACUCGGGACAGGUAAGACACCAGUGUAUGGGCCUUGUGGAUCCAGUAAUUUAUCCCUGAUCCACCAAGCGCAGCAGCUAGGGAUUGAAAAGCCUGUUUCCAAGAGCUGCCAAAAGAUAAAUGUCUAUAGGAAUCAAAACUCUUGCCCCGACCGACCAUCAGAUGCCGCCAAAAAUUACACACCGUAGCUUCAGCUUCGAUAAAAGGGUUUGUGGGUAUCGGUAUGACCACUGAGAACAGAUGCUAGGCUGAAACAUCCAGUGUUCAGUGACGUAUAGUAGCGCUUCAUUUUGUUUAUAGUGGUCUCCUGUACUGCAGUGAUGGAACAACCAUUAUGAGGAAAAUCGGUAAUUGCAUCCACCCCCAGCAAACCAGCGAGCAAAAGUGCACCCGGCAGAGCGUCACUGGAGCGUCUAAUGAAGGGCUCUGCUGGCCUCCUCUGCAGACGCGCAGCAGCCCGCCCACCUGUGUACAAAUAGCAGCUUGCCAUGCAGACACAUCAGGAACGAUUGAGCAACAGUUCACGCUGUCCUGAUCAGCCUCUGCUACAAUAACAGGCUGCCAUCUGACAGACGCGGAGAUAUACAGUGCGCAGGCUCUCCCCAGCGCUGCUCUCCAGCACCAGACCCCAGAGCGACGCACAGUGGACGCUCGGCCAACACAUUCCAGGUGUGAUUGUCGACGUGCAAACCUGAAGACAAUUCUGGAAAAACAAGCAGAACGUUAAGAGUCGACAAGGAGAAGAAGAGUUCUCCCGGAGCGGAACAUAAGUCAGUGGGGGAACUGCUGCUUCGUGUCUCUCGUUUUUUCUUCUGCUGAACUGUCCUCCGAAGGUUAGAGGAGCAUGUAACUGAAACAAGUGGAGCCCUCGGUGAUUUCAGGAUUCUGUCUCCAACAUCUGUGCCUACAUUCUCUGCUACAGAUAGGGACGUUUUUGAUGAUUACAUAUAAUUAUAAUUUCUGUGGGAGACAGAUCUGCCUCUGUCUAUUAUUGCCAACACCUCCAACACAAUAACUUCACACAUUUACAUAUUUCUCAACAAAAGUGACAUUCUUUGAACCUCUGAGACAAAUCAAGAAUAAUUUUGCUUCAAGAGAUAUGUCACACAGAGAAGCGCCGUGCCAUUCCGUUCAUAUCUAAUGAGUUAUUUUGUGCCUAAAAGCUGAAUGCAGAGCAUUUAAAACCCAUGGCAUUUGCCUCAUUUUGCAAUGUGCUUCACAGGCUGGGAAUCGUUUCCUUGGUUUAUGCUUACUCCUGAUUUUCAGUUGUUGCACUCCUCUAGCACUUAAGCUGAGCCUGCCUCAUUAUCACCCCCAUCCCAAUCACAGUGAGACUAUGUGCCAGGCGAGAACUGAUGCACAUUAAUCUGACCAUAAAAAAGAGAUAAAGUACAUAGCGUAUCUAUAGAUGUGACCAGUGCCCAGAACAAGUGAACAUGGAGAUAAGGCUGCCUCAGAGAAACUAGGCACCAUUAAUGGACAGUUGUCAUCGGUUAUAGUGCAGUCUGUUAUUUCAAUUUGAUAUCCUACGAUGACAAAAAGCAGCACAUAUAUGAGAAGAGUUAUAGCUUUCAUACCUUUCUCCAGAAAAUAAUUUCUCACAGCAUAAAUAAGUGCCAAUUCUGAAUGUAUGCCGGACUGAAAUAGUCAUUCAGGAAUGAACAAAAUAGCCGUUUACACUUGACAAUGUCCUUGACUAUUGUUCAAGUGCCAUGAUUAGCACAAGAAUGUGUCAGACUGCCAUAUGUUAUUAAAAUUUCUCGCUACUAAAACAAUAUUUCCAGCAGUGCAUCAGAUACAUGUUCGUCUGCUCAGUGGGACGUGUAGAACAAGACGUUAAGGACUACAAGCAUGAAGAUUUUCGUUUUCAGUCUGUCCUCUUUACAAAGCUGCAUCCAUUUUAGUGUUCUGCACUUGAGAGGGCUUCCUGGAGGGAAACAGAUGAAGUCAUUAAACAGUUUCUUUCUAGCAGUAAAUUAAAACAAUUUUAAUUCCACUAACCACAAUUACUGAAGCCAAACUGAUUUUGAUAGUGUUUUCAUUGUCUUUUGUUCCUGGACAUUUAAAUAUAUAUAUAUCAUAUAAAUACUCAGCUUCUGACAAAACAAAAAAAAAUCCUGCUUUGAAAUGUCAUCACCCAACAUCACUGAAUGAAACUACUGAUACAUGAUCGAUUUUCAGUAGGUUGUACAUGCUUCUUGAAUAUUUCACAUUCCAUUUUAGUGGGUUAAACUGCAAAAGCGGAUACAGCGUUGUAGCGGCAUUGACUCAACAACAGAAAAUAGAUCUCUUAGUCAUGUAAAAAUGACGCCCACCACCAAUCUCCGAGUCCUUGCCGUCUCUCUGCUCUCCCUCCUUACUGCCCCACUUACCACUGUUGUGGAGACCUCUCCGUCCUCCCCGCCUCAGCACAUAGACCCCUCAGGGAGGCCGUUCACAGAGGAGCCCAAGUCUGGCCCCAGCCCCUCACUCCUGCUCCUUGCCAUUCAGGCCAACAUCAGGCCAGCUGCUCUCCAAAGCAGGACCCAAACCCCUGAGAAACGUCCGGACACCUCAGAGGGAGUUCUGGAGGCGCCUCCGAGGCCACUGCCCCAGGUCAUGUUACCCAAGAAUGUGACUUCAGCGGAGGCCCUGGCUCCUCCCUUGGGCGCAGCCCAGGUACCACACAUUCGACCACGGCUGAUGGAUGGAUGGAUGGAUGUGUGUCGGGGUUAUUAUGACGUGAUGGGACACUUUGACAGCGCUUUCAACUGCUCCAAGGACACCUUCGUCUUUUGCUGUGGAACGUGCCACUACCGGUUCUGCUGUCCAGACCGAACCCGGCAACUGGAUCAGGACAACUGUAAAAACUAUUACUCUCCAGACUGGGCCAAGCCACAGACAGACGCCAUGAUUAUACCAGAGGAUUUUGGACCUGACACGGACUUUGAUCCGCUGAAACAACAGAGCCACAACACUGGCUUCGUCAUUGGUGGUGUGGUUGUGUUCAUGGUGGCUGUUGCUGUGGGCAUCAAGGUGGUCUUCAACAAGGUGCAACAGGAGGCCAACCAAAGGGACCUCAAUAUGCCCAGAGCCCUGGUUGACAUGUUGCGGCACCAGUCGAGCCCAGUUCAGCAGGAUGAGAGAAACAACAGCGUGGCCCUGGCUGUAGGGGACGGACAUGGGACGCUGGGGAGACCUCCGAAAAAUCAUUACGCCCCAGGACUGCCCAGCAAGGACAACAGAUUGGGCAACUUGCAACACAAUUUCAUCCACCCGUCAGGCUCCAGUCCCAAACACACCGCAACCAUUGAACGCACCCCUCGGAUGAACAAUGCUCAGCUUGCAGCUGGAGGCACCCUGCUCUCUAGUAAACACAACAACACCAAAUCCCAGCCGGCCUUCCACCACUCCCUGCACAACCUGGCUCAGCUGCCUCCCUCCUAUGAGAGCGCCACUAAGCCAGAGCUCAACAGAUACUCUUCACUCAAACGCCUCGAGAAAGGUCUUGAUGAGUACUCGUCUGGUUACUGCACCACCAAGCGCCGGCCUCAUACAGCCCAGCCGGCCCUCCAGUCCUCUCAACACCACCUCCACUGGGGAGGAGACUACACCCUCAGCGGGAGAGGAACCCUCCCCAGGCAUGCAACUCGCCCCUGGAUCCCACCACCGCCUUCUGGCAUGCCCGCCUCACCUACCCCCAAUCCUUAUCCUUUGGAUCCCCCGGAACCACAGUACAACUCCAACUACGACACUCUCUCCAAGCCCCCGAGAAAAGUGAAGUCCACUGACCAGCUGCUCAACAUGGGUGAUGUCCCUGGCAACACAGGGACUCUGUCCAGGCUGUCCAAGAACCAGCAGCACCAGUACUACAAAGCCAUGGCUGCCUCCAAUAAGAACUCUAACACGCAUACCCUCACUCGUAAGGCCCAGGACCGGCAGGAGAGACAGGAACGGCUGCUCAUGUCACCGGACCAUCUGGAAGACAGGAUGGGUGUAGGUGGGAUGGGAGUUGUAGAUCCAUACGCCCACACAGGAGGGAUGGUCCCCACGCUGCCUCGCCAGCAGAAGGCCCAGUCCCAGCAGAAUGUCUGCGCCACUCCAUCCCUCGACCGGCACCACAUGAUCAAGAUGAACUCUCACCCCACCUCUGGUAGAGAGCAGGAGAGGAACACUGCGAUGACGGGGCACAUGAGUGGGGGCAUGGGCUGGGCGGGGGAGAUGCCUGGGGCGGGGGUAGUCAUGGGAACGGGAACACUAGGGGGCCACAGUGCGAGGAGGAUGGCGUUUGCAGCAAAGAGGCAGAACACCAUCGAGCAGCUACAUUUCAUACCGGGAGGUGGUAGUGGGGGGUCAGGAGGAAGUGGAGGAGGCAGUCAGGGGAUCAGGACGGGGAGUAAAAAUGAGGUGACAGUGUGAGGUGCGUGACUAAUGUAGAGUUUACCCCUUCAUCUAAGGUGUAGGAAUAGAUCACCUUUCUGAAUUUAACUAUUAGAUAUACAACAACAAGAAAUAAAACUAGAAGUAUAAAGUAUAGUCACAGUAAACCAUGUUUAGGCUAUUGAAAUUAGUGUUAUCUUGUAAUUAAAUAGCUUAAAUAUGAUUACUUAAUUACAAAUCUAGGUGGGGAAUAUCCGUUCCAAUUAUGUGAUAGCCUACAUCAGCCAUAUUUUGUAACAGCCAUAUUGCCAUAUACAGCGGUGCCAUUACUUAUGGAAAGACUUACGAGAAUGGAGAAACAAAUCCAACAGAAAUGUUGUUCAUAAUAUAUAUAAUAAUAUAUAUAUAAAUUAUAUAUAAUAAUAUAUAUAUAUAUAUAUCAAGAAGUACUCAGGAGCCAUAUUAGAUAGGGAACCAGAUGACAUAAAAAAUAGGUUGUUGAAGAGGAGGACCAUGUGGAAUAUUGAAUCGCAGAAGUUCAUGGAGAAUUGAGCCAAUUACCUGUUCAACUGUCAACCUGCUCUGCCCUCGCCAUCAACGAUUCAUGAAACUGAAUCUCGCGGGUGAAGAGCGUGGGGGACCAGAUGAGUCUGAAUGAACCGUGUGCCUGGUGAAGGAUUUUGGCGAUCUGAGACUCUGCUGAAUCAAACUUGUCCUGACACAGGAAGACAGAACUGCUUUUUGUUGCUUCCUAUGUAAACGAGCAGACAAGGUGCGGGCUGUUUUUCUGACUGGGACAUAACAGCCCGACAACAUUGGCAGGACCCUUUGCCCGAUUUGAACUGCGGACGUACCCACAUUACCAAUCUGAUGCCUGGGUUGCCUAGCUUUCCAUGUGACCUUAGAUCAAAUCCAGAGAGGACCUCACACUCUGAUCAAUGUUACACUGCAGAAGUGUAGGCUGAUGUUCGACUAUGUUAUGGGUACGUUUCCCCCCCUGUGUUCCCAUCUAUAGAUCAGGACCUAACUGUAAAAACCGUGGGCUAUCAAAUAAUAUAGUGCCAUCAGUCAUAAUAUUAAUAUUAAGAAAAGUCUUGACACAAACACACACGAGUCAAGAGAUUCCAGAUCAGACGUAUGUGUCCAGUUUACCAAUAAAAAGGCAACUUGCUUUAAUGUAGGUUGUGAAUGAGGAGCAAAGGUUUUUCUAUAGAGCACAAAUGAAUUGACCAUGACGCAGAGGUUGCACUUACACAACUGUCCUUCAAAGCCAUUUAUGGAGAUACAAAGAAAAUACCACAGAAGAAGCUGGUCUGACAAUCACCAUUUUAUUCUUCUCACCAGGUGACAAAUUAUAUGAGUCAGUGAUAUUUUUUACAGUCAAAGGAAUUGGCUUCGGAGCGAGCCAAAAUCCUCUGAGUCAGGAGCAGGGGCAAACCGGGUCCCUUCUCCUGCACGGCUCCUCCAGCCAUGACACACUCAGAUGGUUAGGAAGCCCUUCCCAUCCUCAAGACGAAGACCUCGCUGUAUCAUAACGCACUUCAGCCAGUAUGAGUUUAAAAAAAAAAAAAAAGGAAAAGAGAAAAAAAUAUAUCUUCAUCAAUAACAAUGCUUAUCAAUACUAA